UUUAUGCUUCAUGGCACAAAAAUUGCUAGGGGUUGCUUUUGGGAAGGGAGGAGAGGUGGACAUCAGCUGCUGCAAGGGAUGGAGCGUGUUGGUAGGAGCUCUCAUGCAUUAUUCAUCACCAGCUCUUUUCGCUGGGAUCAGCUGGAGGAAGUAGUUAGUCUAGUUUGAGCUCCACUAGUCUGAUAUUUAGGGGGGGCUUAAACAAGCCCAGGCAAGUGCAGCACCAACUCUUUCUCCUCGUCUGCCGGCGAAUGUAGGGCAGCCAGCAGCUCUGCUCACACAGCUCCCUCUCUUUAGGCUGGAUAACAGAAGUCAUGCAACCAGGGGAAGCUCCUCUGAGGAUACACACAUGCAUUCCUGCUGGAAAAUGAAGCUUCAGAAUGAGAAGGCUUUGGGGCAUUCCGUGAGCCGCUCGAGUAACAUCUCAAAGGCUGGAAGUCCAACCUCCAUCUCUGCCCCCCAUAGCUUCUCUCGGACUUCUGUUACCCCAUCCAACCAGGACAUCUGCAGUUCCAGUGCAGUGUUUUCUGAGUGUUGUCAUCACAGUCCAGUGCAGUCCGCUGUUGUCUUGAAAAAUCCUCACUGCCAGAGCCCUCUGACACAAGGGGUCACGGUGACAGUAAUCUGUCAGGACGCCUUACACCCAGCCAAGAGAAACCCCCGCGGGCAGGAUCGGGGCCAGGCUCUCAGGUCUGCUAAGAACGUGAAGCCCACCCGUGCCCUGAAGUUCUCCAAGUCCCUCAACGACGUGGACCAGAAGGCGCAGGGCACCAGCGAGGGCUUUGACUACGUGGAGCGGACGCGCUCGGAAGGCAAGCUGAUCCCGGCUCAAGAGCAGUGUUUGAGGAUUAACAAAUUUCAUCUCAAAGAGAGGAAACCGCUCAGUCUCAGGCCUCUUUCUUUUAGCAAUUCUAAGCACUCCUACCUCCCUUCCCUUUCCAACUACUCGAGCGCCUCGGGAGGAGCCGAGAACCACAGCGCUGUGCAUAUCCCCUUGCUGGAGGACAAAGUGGACUAUGACACCUCAAGGAGCAAAAAACUGCUGCGUUACCUUUUUUCCUUCUCCCACACCUCCAGCACCAGCAGCCUGCAUAAGUUCCACGAGCUGGAGAGCUAUUCCAGUCACUUCCAAGCGGAGAAGUCCUCCAGCGUGCUGGUGGAGAGCACAGACUUCUGCUCCGAUGACAUGGGAGACGACGACGUCUUCGAGGACAGCACCUCAGUGAAACUGAGGACAAAAGAGCAGCGGGCCCCGCUCUGUUCCGUUGAGAAGGACAGUGACCUUGACUGUCCAUCCCCCCUCUCAGAAAAAUUCCCCCCUCUCUCCCCUGUGUCCACAUCGGGGGAUACCUGCAGGUUGGUUGACCAGAGAACCGCCGGCCUCCGAGCCCUCCCACGUGUGGGUGAUGACCCUUCUGCUUCCCCCCCUGCCUUCGUGCCGUGUCUUGUCUUCCCUUCGUCACCCUGUCACCUUGCUUUACUACCUGUGAUUGGCAGCAUGCGGCCUUCUCUCUGCUGUCCCCCACCCCUCUGAGGCACUUAACAAGGCAACUAAGCAAAAGAAUUUCCUUUGGAGUCAAAUAAAUUGCUAUUCGGUUUGGGGUUUGGGGGUUCUGAGAUGGUGUCUUUCCCUUAUCAGUGCCCAAACUGGGAAUAUCAUGAGAGAACUAAAGGUGAAGAUGAACUUGUCUUAGCUUUUAAUGAGGAACGUGUUGCCCUGACCGUCGCUGCUGGUUUGGCCAGAGGGUGGGGAGUCAGGAGGA